AUGGAUACAACGCCUCUACCAAAAAUGCAAAUCUUUCUGACUCUGUUAAUUCAGUUGUCGGAACCGAUAACAGCGAUGGUUAUUUAUCCGUUCAUCACCAAAGCUGUUCGGCGCACUGGUAUCACUGAAGGGAACGAGAAGAAAACCGGAUAUUAUGCUGGCGUACUUGAAAGUACAUUUUUUCUGGCCGAAAGCUUCUCGGUGUAUCCCAUAGGACGCCUCUCAGAUUUCUACGGGCGGAAGCCCAUACUUCUAAUUGGUCCUCUAGGACUAUCAGUAGCGAUGCUUAGUUUCGGGUUAUCACAAUCGUUUUGGUGGAUGGUCCUUUCUAGAGCAGCAAUGGGCGUGUUCAAUGGAAACAUCGGUGUUUCGAAGACAUUAAUGGCGGAGAGCACGGAUGAUACAAAUAGAGCUGAUGCGUUCACAUUAAUGCCGAUCAUAUGGACUGUGGGUAGUACUGUGGGACCUACUCUCGGGGGCGUCCUCGCAGACCCAGCUGCACGAUGGCCUCAUGUCUUCGGCAAACUUCGCUUUUUCAUCCAAUAUCCCUGGUUUCUGUCUUGUUUCGCUGCGGGAUUCCUCGCUUUCGUUGCCUUUGUGUUAUCCUGUGGGGGGCUCAAAGAGACUCUACCAAGCAAAGUGAAGCAGAAAUGUGUUGUUGAAUCUUCGCCGCUCCUCAAUGAAACAUCACCAUCUUAUGGCGCCGUUGACACUACAUCAGACUCGCCUCCAUCCAAUUCUGACGUCCCUCCCACCACUCGAGCCUUACUUGGGGAUUCAAAAUUAAGGAUUACUCUUUUGAGCAUGGCUUUCCUCGCUUUCACCGAUAUGUCAUAUGAGGUUCUUAUCCCUCUGAUAUACACCACUUCAAUACCUGUCGGUGGCUUAGGCCUCUCACCGUAUCAAGUUGGUUUGAUUUUGGGUACAUUCGGGCUCGCAAACGGUGUCUGGAAUUGGGCGGUUCUCACAAAAAUACUGAAAAAGCUGGGGCCGAGAAAGACUCUCAUUGUGUUUUAUUCCUUCUUCUUGGUCCAUUUCGUACUUUUGUGGAUUCUUCGUGACGCUGCCGCGUAUGCUGGAGGAGUUACACCUCUGGUUUGGGCACUGCUCAUCUUCCAACUCUUCGUCUCGACUGCGAUUGUCACAGCAUUCAAUGCAAUACAUUUGCUGAUCGUAACGAAUGCCCCGCCGAAUGCUUUAGGCUCAGUCAACGGGUUAGCUCAGAUGGUUUCUUCGGGCACUCGAGGGCUUGCACCAAUCUUUGCUUCAUCAUUGUUCUCGUUUUCUUUGGAGUCUCGCAUUGCGCGUGGACAUUUGGUAGAGCUUGUGCUGAUGGGGAUCACUGUCAUUGGUAUAUAUUGCAUCUCGCGACUGCCUCACUGA